CCCGGGCCGGGGUCGGGGUUGGGGUUGCGGUCGGGGUCGGCAUCGGGGCCGGGGCCGGGGCCGAGCAGGCGGCGGCGAUCCUCGGCGGAUCAUGGCGACCGAGACGCGUGUGUCGCGCUGGUACUUCGGGGGGCUGGCCUCCUGCGGGGCCGCCUGCUGCACGCACCCGCUGGACCUGCUCAAGGUCCAUCUGCAGACGCAGCAGGAGGUGAGGCUGCGCAUGACGGGCAUGGCACUGCAGGUGGUGCGCUCCGACGGCAUCCUGGCGCUCUACAACGGCCUGAGCGCCUCCCUGUGCAGACAGAUGACCUACUCCCUGGCGCGGUUUGCCAUCUACGAGACUGUGCGGGACCAAGUGACCAAGGACAGCCAGGGGCCCCUGCCUUUCUAUAAGAAGGUGCUGCUGGGCUCCAUCAGCGGUUGCAUUGGAGGCUUCGUGGGGACCCCUGCAGAUAUGGUCAACGUCAGGGCGUGUCUGACCCCUGCCCCCGCCUGAGCCAGCCUGGUGGUU